UACCUUCGUCUUCUUCCUCUAAUGGUGUAGGGUUUGUUGUGAUUUCUCAAAGCCUGACUCAAUUGAAAGAUAAUACUUUUAGCGCCUCACUUUUCGAUUUCCAGAUUUCCAAAGAUGGUGGGGAAGCCGGUCGGCAUUGAUUGUAAAAUUCUUCCCAAGGAGUGUUCUAGUAAGGGAUACACGGGGGGUGAUGAUGAUGAUCGGAUAAGUGAGUUGCCGGAUGAUGUUCUUGUUGUUAUAUUGUCUUUGUUAUCGGUAAAGGAAGCUGCAAGUACGAGUAUUCUUUGUUCGCGGUGGAUAAACUUGUGGAAACACACCAAUUCUCUCGACUUUGAUGGAGACGCUGCGCUGUACAAGACUGCAAGGCUAAAGAAGGAGUUACAGUUCAACGAGAGGCGCAAGUAUGUGAGAUGGGUGAACUCUAUUAUCCAAUCGCACAAAUCUCACACCAUUCAAAAGCUUAGAAUCCAAUUUUUUUUAAGAAAAGAAGAGGCAGAUACACUCACUAAGUGGUUUGAAUAUGCGUUUUCCAGACAAGUUCCGUCGUUGGAGAUUGACCUUUCACCACCAAAUUUUAUCUUUUUCGGCAGCCCUGGCCCAAAUUAUGUUUUCCCUCAAGAGUUCACCAACUCAGCCACUUGUUUCGAUUUAAAACACCUCAAAGCAUUGUCUUUGAAAUUUGUUACCGUCACUCGCGAAGCUAUUGAGUUCUUUUUGAAUAAUUGCCCAUUCCUUGAAAAAUUUAUUGUCCAUCAAACAGAAAGCAUGUCAAAGCUUGAAAUUUGUGGUUCAUCCCUCGCUUUAAAACACUUGGAGCUUUGCUACUUCUUCGGUUUGGAUUCGGUUAGGAUUUCAGCACCAAAUCUUACUUCACUCACAAUUAGGGUAUUUUCGGAACUCAUACUUGAGAAUGUCCCAAUGCUUGAUGAAUUGCGUGUUGGUUGCGGUUAUAGUGAUUUUUCUGUUAAGAAGUUACUUCCUGCAUAUUCUGCCUACAUUUCACAGUUGAAGAGUCUUACCCUACUUCUCAACAACUUAAAGGGAAGUACAGAUCUGUGCAAGUUUCCCGAAAUGCCUAAGUUGAAGAAGUUGGUAAUAGCCUAUUGCUCAGUGGGUGAAGAUAGUCUCCUACCAUUGACUUCUUUGAUAAGGGCAUCUACUCGUCUACACGAAUUUGUUUUAAAGCUCGACUGGUAUCAACUUUCAAGGUCAUAUAGAGAAAUCGAGACUAGUGUAAGGUUUCCACAUGGGACACGAGUCGCAGUAAUUUGAAAAUACUUAUAACGGAUAAAGAAACGUACUUCAAAUGUUACAAAAAAUAACGUUUAGAGAGAAACAUUUCAAAAUUUUAGAAAUCUUAUUAUUUAUAA